GUAGUCCGUCUGCUUAACAGGAGCUGGAGAAAAACACGAACCAGGCGGAACUGAACACCAUAGCUACAUACUACUUCGACGGGCAGGGCAAGGCGCUCAGGCCCAUGGUGGCGAUACUUAUGGCGCGGGCCGUCAACUACCACGUCUACGGUGAAAAUAGUGCACUGCUGCCGUCCCAGCGGCAGGUGGCGAUGAUCAGCGAGAUGAUCCACUCGGCGUCACUGAUCCACGAUGACGUCAUCGACCAGAGUGACUUCCGCCGCGGAAAGCCCUCUGUCAACGUGCUCUGGAACCACAAAAAGGUGGCGAUGGCCGGCGACUUCAUCCUCGCCGUGGCGUCGAUGAUGAUAGCUCGCUUGCGCAGCGAUGACGUCACACUCGUUCUCAGUCAGGUAGUGACAGACCUAGUUCAGGGCGAGUUCAUGCAGCUGGGCAGCAAGGAGACAGAGAACGAGCGAUUCGCGCACUACCUCACCAAGACCUACCGGAAGACCGCGUCACUCAUCGCUAACUCCGUUAAAGCGGUGGCCUUACUAAGCGGAGCGGACGAGAGCACGUGCGAGCUCGCCUUCCAGUACGGGCGCAACCUCGGGCUCUCGUUCCAGUUGGUGGAUGACUUGUUGGACUUCGUAUCGUCUGCGCAGGCCAUGGGCAAGCCCACCGCGGCCGACCUCAAGCUGGGGCUCGCUACUGCGCCCGUUCUCUUCGCUUGCGAAAAGUACCCGGAGCUGAACCCUAUGAUCAUGAGGCGGUUCCAGGAGCCAGGCGACGUGCAGAAGGCCUUCGAGCUGGUGCACAAGUCGCGCGGGCUGGAGCAGACGCGCUUCCUGGCGCGCAAGCACGGCGCGCAGGCCGCGCGGCUGGCCGCCGACCUCGCCGACUCGCCCUACCAGAAGGGGCUCGUCGUCACCGCCGACCUCGUCCUCAACCGGAUCAAGUAACCUCCCACGCGCCUACCCCACGUGACAGCUUCCCACGUGACACUUUUUGAACCGUUUACAGUGACAUUCGCGAGUGCCGCGACUGUGAGUGAGACGCUCGAUGCGUGUGAGUGGCGCCGACGCGGCGAGAUAUUGUCUCUAGAUAUUACGUCAAGCUAUACCGUGCGCCCUGAUAUUACGAUUUAACGAAUUAUAUUCGUAUAAACAUAUAAUUUUGCUAUCACCGAUCGGCCCGUGCGUCCGGAUCGCUGACAUCGCUCCCGCGACGUAUCAUAUAUUUAUUUAUAUUAUAUACGUACGUAUAGCAUUGUGUAAAGUUUUAUAUUGUAUGUUUGUACUUUUUUAUGUAUGUAUCCCUCACUUGUGUGACCUGAUUUAAUUUAAGAUAGUUUUCUACGAAAGUAUUUGAAAUACCGUGAACUAUCUGCGACCGGUUCGAAGGAACCGCCGAAGCGUUGUACCGAGCCAUGUUGAUGACGUUGUAAUGUGCAUACUGUCUCCUCGACUUCGUUCCCUUCGUUCCUCUAUCCUCGAGUCGUGCAAUCUUGUAGGUGUAGUGUAGAGUCCCUGUGUGUUCGCGCACAUUGUCAAAUCGAUUCAUCACAAAAUUGAUCCUAGUGUGGAUUUCACUUGCUCGUGUUCGGCUGUUGUUAAGUUGAUGCUGUGUAAAUACUGAGAGUCAUUGGAUAAGUUACCCGUUUAUCUUCAAAACCAAUUACCUCAAUUUCUUUAGUGUACACGUUACAUACUAGAGGUGUAUAUGUUCUGUUGUAGUAUUAAAUUGUAAGUUUUGUACGAGGCCGCACAAUAUUUAGGCAAAAUUGUUAAACCGUUAAGAACUUAUAAACAUUAUUAGGUAAAUUAGUAAUAGAAUUGUAA